UGACGGGCCUCGGCCAUGGCUGCCCCGCAGGCGCACAAACGGCUCCUGGGAAGCUUCCCGGCGGCGGUCGCCAGGGUCCUCUGUGUCUGAGCAGCGGUUCCUGACCCCGGGCUCCUGGGUCUCCGGUGAGCAGUCCUGUUCCUAAGAAACAAGGGACUUUGGCUUAAGGACUCCCCAGAGAUCUUGGCUGAACCUUCCUGAGACUGCGUGACAGCCUUAAGAGGCUUCUCUUCAACAUUCCUUGCCUUCUCCACUGAGUGGAACCUUUAAAGUACACAGGAAUGAAAAGAAAGGUAGUGAAUGCUGGCAAGCUGAGAUUGAGUCCUAAUGAGGAAGCCUUCGUUUUAAAGGAAGAUUAUGAAAGAAGACGAAAACUAAGAUUGCUACAGGUUCGAGAACAAGAAAGGGGUAUCGCUUUACAGAUAAGAGAAGAUAUAAAACAGAGGAGAAAUCAGCAAUUCACUCGUUUGGCAGAGGAGCUAAGGACAGAAUGGGAAGAAUCACAAACCCAGAAAAUAAAGAACUUGGAAAAACUGUAUUUGGCAAGUUUAAGGACUAUGGGAGAGGGACAUCAACAAGCCAAAGAAAAUGAACCUGAUUUGAAUGCUCUGGCACAGCGGGCAGCAGAAAGAAAAAGAAAAGCAGAAAUGAGGCAUAAAGAGGCCCUGAAAGUACAGAAAAAUCGAAAAGAAACAUUAAUGAAACAAAAAACCUGGCAUAUAAAAGCUCGAAAGGAAGCACUGCUUGUGGAAAAAGAGAGAUCUGCCAAAGUUACAAGUCUGCCACCUCCUCCUCCAACUCUUUUUGAAAACAUUGAAGUAAAGAGAAUUACUAAUGUGGAAACUAGUAGCUCUACCUACCAUCAUCUUUACAGUUUUGUGAAUAGAGAGAUGGGCACAAAGCAGCCAGACCCUCAUUUGGCUGCUGAAGAAGAAGCUAAAAGAUUGGAAGAACUACAAAAACAAGCAGAGCAACAGAGAAUGCAACAGAGUGAAAAGGCACACGUGCGGGGUUCCCAAGCAAUGAAAAAGAUCCAUUUGGCUCAAAAUCAAGAGAAACUAAUGAAAGAACUCAAACAGCUACAACAAGAGGACCUGGCACGCAGGAGACAGACUGUAGCACGAAUGCCGCCACAGCUCCUUGAACCUCCGUACAGACGGAGUGAAAUGAAAGAAGAUUGGCAGAGAGAGCUGGAAUUUGCCUUUGAAGACAUGUACAAUGCAGACAGGAAGGUGAAAGGAAACCUGAUUUUGCACCUUGAACCAGAGCCUUUGCCCACGAUGACUGAUCAGAUCCAAGAUAAAGAACUGGACGUUUCAAUGGAACAAGAAAAUUUAGAGGAAACUGAAAACAUACCAGUGACAGAAGCCAAAAUGAUAUGUUCUAGUGAAGCAUACGUUCCUUUGGCAAUGAAGACCCACCAGGUCCCUUCAAAAAUUCUUUUUAAAAAAUUAUUAAACAAAAUCCGAAGCCAAAAAUCUCUCUGGACAAUUAAAUCCACAUCUGAGGAUGAAAGUGAAAUGAUUACAACUAUUAGUGAAACUGAGAGUAAAACACAAACAGUUGAAUCAGGAGCAACUGCUAGUGAAGAUAGAACAUUAUCGUCUGAGCAGGAACAAGUUGUUGAAAGUGAUAUACUAACAACAGUUGACUCUGGCCCACUUUCUAGUGAACCACGUUCAUGUGAUGCAGACUCUGUAAAGGAACAAGAAAUAAAUGAGACUCAAUCUCUCACAACUGUAGCUCAAAGUUCAGUUUUACUGCAUCCUCAAGAAGCAGCAGCCAGAAUUAGAAUGGCAGCAAGGCAGAGACAGGUAAUGGAAAUAGAAGAGCAGAAGCAAAAGCAGUUGGAAUUACUUGAACAAAUUGAACAACAGAAGUUAAGAUUAGAAGCUGAUUGCUUCAGGGCUCAGCUGAAAGAAGAAAAAAAGAAAGAAACUCAGCAGACUGGGGUUGGCACUGCUCCAGCAUCAUGCACUGUAAGUUCUGAUAAACAUGAUCAUAGGAAAAUGAUUCGUGACUAUCAACAUCAGCUUUUGCAGCAAAACAGAUUUCACAGACAGUCUGUUGAAACAGCCAGGAAACAAUUACUUGAUUAUCAGACUAUGUUAAAAGGAAAGUACUCAUCCAUGUCAGCUACAUCAUUGAUACCUGAUUCGGUUUUACCAAUACCAACACAGAAAUCUGAAAGACCCCCUGUUAGACUGGAACAUUGGGAUCAAGGUCAGAGACCCAAGCUGAAUCCUAACAAAUACCAACCUCUACAACCCAUGCAGAUUUCCGAAUUAGAACAAAAUUAUUUUCAGGUUCUGAAAAAAAAUCACUUUUCACGAAGACAGGUAGAAACAACAGAAGCAUUAAUCACUUCAGAUAUUUUAGCCAAGCAAUCUUUGGAAUCACAAGAACAGCUAAAGCAAUUCUCACAGACUAAAACACAACAGAGAGACUAUAAAUUGUUCCCUAAAGAUUCUCAUACACUUUCAGGAGCUUUGUCACAUGACAGACCACUAAUAUUACAGGAUGCUAGAGGAAUACCUGAAACAUCUAAGGCAGCAACUUCUCAAACUUUAGGCUCUCAGCAGAUGUUCUCAGAGAACAGAGAAAGCCUAUCUUCUAAGCGAACUGAACUUUCUUCACUUCUGCCACUGGCAGCUGAGCGUUCUUUUAAUUCUCUGCCUGCCAAAGUUGAGUCUGGAAAAAUACAGGAACCCUUUUCAGCCUUGAGCAAAAGUACAGUUUCUGUAAUCAGCCAAAUUCAGGAUAAGUCUCUGCCUUCCUCAGAGACUGUCACAGUCCAGCAGAGUAAUGUGAAGGCUCUCCAAGAGCAGUUAGACCUGCAGAAGGAGGUUCUUCGGUCAAAACAGGAAGCUCAGGAACAGUUGCUUUUGUGCAAACAGAAAGAAUCGGAAGGGCAAACAGGCCUCUCUCUAUUCCUUCCAUCGGUACUGCUGGAUUCAUUUGCUCUACUUCCUCAUGCAAAAAGUGAAUCAGGGAGAAUCCAGGACUCUUCUCCAACCACAAAUGAUUCUGCAGUUUCCUCAGGCCAUCCUGGGGUCCCACAACUUCAGGAUAGGCUUUUGAGUUUUUCACAGCCUAUCUUAGCACAGCAGGGUAAUUUAAAGUUGCUCCAAGAACAGUUAAAUAUUCAGAGGGACAACCUUCAGGCUAGGAUGGAAGCCCAGGAGGUAUUGUAUGUGCGUAAACAAAGUGAAUUGGAUGGAGGAGUAUUGUCUGAACAGACUGAUCCUCCUUCUCUCCCAUCUCAGGUGGCUAAGCAUACAUUUACUUCACUAUCUUCUGCUGGUACUCAAUCUGGAGAAAUCCAGGAGCAGUAUUUAUCUAAGAGGGAGACAGGAUUUCUCUCAAGCCAGUCUGAAAUCCCCAAAUCUCACACUGGACCUUCGAGUUUCCUACAGCAACUCCUACCUUUACAUGAUAGUUUGAAGUUGCUCCAAAAACAGCUGACUGCACAGAGGGAUGCUCUUCAGGCUAGGCACAAAGCCCAGGCAGAAUUACUUUUAUACAGACAAAGGGAUUUGGAGUACAGCAAGUCUGGGCAGAUGAGUUCUUCAUUCCCACCAGUGGUUGCUCAGUGUGCAGUUGCUUCACAAGCUUCUGCUAAAACCGAGCCUGGAAGAAUUCAGAACAUUUGUUUUUCUGAGAGGGAUCAUAUUAUUCCUUCAAGGCAUUCUGUGACCCCAACAUUACAGGAUGCGUCUCUCAGUUUGCCACCGCAUAGUCUGCCACAGCAAGAAAAGUUGGCAGUCCCAGAACAGUCACACAUAAAGAGGGUAAUGCUGGAUACUGAACAAGCAACUGAGGAAUUUGUACACAAACCAAGUGAGUUAGGAAAAAGAAUUUCUGAACAGACUGGUGUCUCUUUAUCCCUGUCCCAGGUAGCUGAAUCUGAAAGAUUCCAGGAAUUUAUGUCAGUCAAGAGUGACAGUACAGUUCCCUUAAGCCAUUUUAAGAUCCCAGAAUUUCAACAAAGAUUACUGAGAUUUUCACAACAUACACAACCUCAAGAUAAUUUGGAGAAACACCAAGAACGGCUAGACACAGAGGAGGAGACCCUUCCUUUUAGCAAGAAAACCCAAGGAGGUAUGUCUUCUGAACAAACUGGCCUCUCCUCCCUCAUACCUCAGUUAGGAAAGCUUUCACUUACUUCGUUGUCUUUUGCUGAAUCUAGUACAGCCCCAGGACCUCUUACAACAGAGAGCAAUAGUAAAAUUCCUGCAAGUCAUUUGAAGAUUCCACAAUUGCAGGAUAGGCUUUUGAGGAUAUCACAGCUUAUCCAGCCUCAACAAGAUAAUUUGAAAGUACUUCAAGAACAGUUAGCUACACAGAGGGAAGCUAUCGUUCAAUGUAGACGGGACGCUCAGGAGGAAUUACAUAAACAGAAGGAGUGGAGGGAAAGAGUAUCUUCUGAGCAGGUUGGUACCUCUUCCUUCUUACCCCUAGUUGUACAGCAUUCAUUUGCUUCAUUACCUCCUAGUGAAUCUGGAAGAAUCCAAGAACCUUGUUCAGCUAAGAGUGAUAAUACAGCUUCACUGGGUCAUUCUGAAAUACCAAGAUUGUCCGAUAGGCUUUUAGGUUUAUCACAGCCUAUUUUACCUCAACAAGAUCUGACUGCACUUCAACAAGAACACCUGAAUGCCCGGACAGAUUCCCUUCCCUGUCACGAGAAGACCCAGAAAGAAUUGGUUUUGCCAAGGCAACAUAGAUUGGAGGAACAGUUACCUUCUGAGCAUUUUGUCCAACUUUGCCAUAGUGAUUUGAAAGCACUGCAGCAGCAGUUAGACACGCAGUGGGAAGCCAUGGGCUUGAGACAGGAAGCCCAGGAGGAAGUGCUUCUGCAGAAGCUAAGUAAGUUGGAGAAAAGGGUAUCAUCUGAGCAGGUAAGCUCCUCUUCACCCUUAUCCCGGGUACCACUGCCUGUUGCUGACUCUGAAAGAAUCCCAAAGGCUUUUCCAACUGGAAGUAAUGGUACUAUUCCCUCAAGUCAUCCUGAGGUCCCCAGAUCACAGGAUGGGUGUUUGUGUUCAUCACAGCCUGUUCUGCCUCAGCAAGACCAUUUGACAACACAACUGGUCGUCCAGAGAGAAGCGACACAUUCUGCCGAAAAAGCCCAGGAAGAAUUGCUUUUGGACAAACAAAGUGAGUUGAUUGAAAGUAAAUCAGAUCAUGCUGUUUCCUUUUUGUCUUUUCUACCCAAAGAAACAGAACGUGCAUUUAUUUCACUACCUUUUGCUGAAGUUAAAUCUGAAAACACAUGUGAAUUAUAUUCAUCCAAGAGUGAACACACAGGUCCCUCAAGUGAUUCAGCUAUCCCAAGAUUUCAAGGUACACUUUUAAGUUUUUCACAACCUGUCUUAGCUCAGCAAGAUAAUGUGGGGCUUCAAAAGCAGUUGGAUCUACAAAAAGAGAUCCUGCAUUAUAGCCAAAAAGUCCAAGAAAAAUUGCUUGUGCAGAGACAAACAGAAUUACAGCAACAUAUCCGGAAACAUCAAGAGACUGUGAAGGACUUCUUUAAAGGCAGUCAGACAAAUAAGCCCACAGUUGAAAAUGAUUUCACCCAGAAGCACAGAGAGUGGCCUCCUCAUUUACAACACCUAGCGAGAAAUGAUCAGGAAAACAUCAGCCUUGCAGGUCGGAGCGACUCUGAUGAUGAUCCACUGCUUUCAGGAGAUAGUAGUGCCAAGCACAGUGGGGAGCAUCUGGACAAAGAACUGGGCAGGAGAUCCUCAAAGCCACCUGUGGCGAAAGUUAAAUGUGGAUUGGACUUGAACCAGCAUGAGCUUAGUGCUAUACAAGAGGUGGAAUCACCAGCAAGUGGCAAAAUUUCUUUACUAGGUAAACCAGAUUUUUAUCAAGACAGAGACCCCCUGAGGGUCUCAGUAAGCCGAGAACAAAGUUUCCUUGGAUGCCCACUGGACUGUGACCCAUUUGGUCAUGUUCACCCACUUGCCCAGGAGAACAUCAGUGGUGCUGACUCUGAAGCAGCAGUUAAGGUCAAGGAAGUUGUGGUUGAGAAUCAUGCAGGAUUAAGUUACGCUGUGGAGGAAGAACAACAUACAUAUCCAGAUCCAACUGUGGAGCCAGAUAAUGUUGAAACACAAGAGAUUUAUCAUGAGCCAUUAUCUUCAGUAACUGUUUCUACUGGGAGCUUAAGUUAUGAAAACACAGAUGUGAGCCUUACAAAUCCAGAUGACCUUGACUUUCCAGAAUUGGAAGAUACUUUUCCCAAUUUGCACCGUCACCUGUUUAAACCAUUAGAACCACAUCCAGACUUUGAUACAUCUUCAUCUUCUGGGAUUCAAGACAGCAGAGCCUUUUACCAGAGCCCAGAUUCUUCAUGUGAAAAUCACUGUGCUCCAGUGCCAUCCAAAAGUACGGUUUCUUUCACAUCACUGCAAACCAGCCUUUCUUCACUUUACACUGGAUUGACCCAGCCACUUGACCCUCACUUCGCUGACGCUAUAGCUCUGAGUUUUGCUACAGAAAAUUUUGAGGGAUCUGAACAAUCUUUUCAACAACUUCUGCCAGAAUUUUCUUCACAGGAGAGCCAGCAUACUGAUCUACCAAGUAUUUUUAGCAUUGAAGCAAGAGAUCCUUCCCAAGGCAUGGAAAAUCACAACUACUCUGAACAGAUUGAAAUAUUACAAAAUAAAAAAAUUGCUCAUUUUCAGCUCUCCAUAGGAAAUUUGCAAAGUUCAGUCUUCAGUUCAUCUGAUGAGGCUAAUGUAUUUCAUCCAGUAAAUCUACAAUAUAGCACUCCAUGUGGUUCUGCCUCCAGUGAGAUCUCAAUAAAAGACCAACUAGAAGGCAAAAAAGAAAGACUGGGCUUUGAAGAAUUAACGGAAAGUGGGAUUGAUGCAUUACAUCAAGGAUUCAAUGAGGAUUAUAAAAAUGAAUCCUGUGGUGUUUCAAAUAUAAAUCCACAUGCUGAAGAAACUGACUCCCGAUUAUGUGUAAGAACAGUGGAAUGUUCUCAGAAUGAAAAUUUUGAGGAUUCAGCUAAAGCAGAAACUCCGAAAAUCACAGGAAACCUAUCUCAACUAGCACAAUCAGAGGUCUUUCUAAAUUCUCGAUCACUUUCGUUACAGAGUUGUAUUCCAGUCUGGGAGACAGAAUCUGGCCAUGGUAUAAUGGAAGAACCAGAACUUACAUUAGUAAGCACCAGUGAUAUCAGUAUAGCUGAAACCGAUUUUGCUAACUUAACCCUAGAAGAAAAGGGACAGUAUGAACCAAGUAACUGUAUUCAGGUGAGUGAAUUUCUACCUCUUGCAUCAGAAACAGAAACCUCAGACUAUCCAGGUGUACCAGAACACUCUAUGGAGAAGACCAUGUCUGCAGAAACCCUUCCAAAGCCUACAGCUAUCCCAGAGAGCUUACAAGAAGCAUUUGUAAAGAGGAAAAAAAAGUUUAUUGAGAGAUCCUCCCAGAGACAAGAAGAAAUAAAGAAGAAAACUCGUAUCUCUGAAAAGUCUCCAAUCAAAAUAGUUACGGAGAAACUUUCUAUAGGUUCACCUGUGAGUUGCCUAAAGGUUAUGAAUAAAGUUAGGGUGCCACUUCCUGAAGACAGACAGACUGCGCAAGCCUUCACGCACCACAGGGCUCUAAGGUACCAUGUGUGUGCAUGUGUGUUUAUGUUCACAGUUCUUAAGUCACGCCUUUUAAUUCCAUAUAUAUUUCUUACAUUGUACAGAGUAUACAAUGAAUCAGUUGAAAAACAGCAAAAGGAAGAGAAUGCUAAAAAGCAUGAUGUGGGUGCCCAAAGUAGAGCAAGGGCAAAAGAAUUCCGUAAGGUGAGCAGGACCUCUAGUUUCAUGUGUAAGGUACACCAUUUAACUGGAACUCUAAGUUUUUCUUCUAUUCCCUCCACAGAAAACACUAGAGAAACUUCGAGCCAAAUAUACACAGUGACUUUCUAUGAAAACUGUAGAGUUGUUUUUAUUAUGUAACAUAGGCCACAUAAGUCAAUAAAUUUUUUAAGAACUUAA